CGGCGUAGGCUGGCCGGGGCUCAGGCGAGGGGGGAACCAAUGCGGCAUUUCCUGGCUGGCCGGGCGCCCCUCCUGCUGCCGCCGAGAGGGGCGAGGGGGAGGCGGCGACGGUGGCGGAGGCGCUCGCACUGCAGCUUCCGGCCGGGCUCCUGCAGCAGCAGCAGGCAGCAGCGGGGAGGAGGAGGAGGCGCCGCCGCCGCUGCUGGGGAGCCAGGCUGCCCGGGCCGGGCCGGAGAGCGCCGCGCGCCACGCAUGGAGCCGCCGCCGGCGAGGAGGGCCCGGCGCGCCGGAGGUGCAGGCGAAGUCGGAGGCGGCCGCGGCGCGCUCCUCCCUCUGCUCGUGCUGCUGAGCUGGGGAGCUGCCCAGGAGCUGAGUCCCCGCGGGAGGAACGUCUGUCCGGCGCCCGGUUCUUCUGGGUCCGUUUGCUGCCCUGGAUGGAAGCAACAAGGCGAGGAAUGUUUGAUUGCUAUAUGUGAGGGAAAUUUCACCUGCAAGGAUAAUGAGGUUUGUGUGAGACCCAACGAGUGCCGUUGUCGCCAUGGGUACUUUGGAGCCAAUUGUGAAACAAAGUGCCCCCGCCAGUUCUGGGGCCCCGACUGCAAGGAGAUGUGCCGGUGCCACCCUAACGGGCAGUGUGAGGAUGUGACGGGGCAGUGCACGUGCAAUGCCAACCGCUGGGGUCCAAAGUGCGAGAACCCUUGCUUGUGCAAGCAUGGGAAGUGUGACCAGAAGAUGGGCAAGUGCACCUGUGAGCCCAGCUGGUGGGGCCCCCAGUGUUCCAGCGCUUGCUAUUGCAGCCUUAACUCUCAGUGCGACCAACAGACGGGGAAUUGUAUCUGUCAGCCUGGCUGGUGGGGCCGCAGCUGCAACAACCAGUGCGCUUGCAGCAACUCUCCUUGUGAGCAGUUCACUGGGCGCUGCCAGUGUCGAGGGAGGACCUUCGGCCCUCGCUGUGACCGCUACUGCCAGUGCCACAUGGGCAGAUGCAACCAGCUUGACGGGACAUGCACCUGUGAACCAGGCUACCGUGGCAAGUUCUGCCGAGAACCAUGCCCAGCUGGCUUCUAUGGACAGGGCUGCAGGAGACGGUGCGGACAGUGCAAGGGGCUGCAGCCAUGUACGAUCGUGGAUGGCCUCUGCCUGGCAUGUGAAGCAGGUUGGAACGGCACCAAGUGUGACCAGGUGUGUGCCCCGGGCUUCUAUGGAGAAGGCUGUGAGCAGAUCUGCCCUUCAUGUAAGGAUGGCCACACUUGCAACCAUAUCAAUGGCAAGUGUUCACUCUGCAACCCUGGCUGGAUUGGAGAUAGGUGUGAGACCAAGUGCCACAAUGGGACGUAUGGUGAGAAUUGUGCCUUUGUCUGCAGCGACUGCUUCAACGGCGAAUGUCACUUUGAAACAGGAAGAUGCCUUUGCAAGGCAGGGUUUUAUGGGACUUCGUGCAAUAUGACAUGCCCACCUGGUCAGUAUGGAGUGAACUGUGCAGAAUCCUGCAACUGCCACAAGGACUCCUGUGAUCCCCUAACAGGAGACUGCUAUAUGGAAGCCAACCAACGGAUGGGGGUCAUCGGAGCUGGAGCCCUCCUGACCUUAUUGCUAAUCCUGCUCCUAUCACUACUGUGUUGUUGUUGUGUUUGCCGCAAGAAGGACCAACCUCGGGACACAAAUCAGGACCCAGUCAACAAGAAGUCCCCGAGACGUCUUUGCGGCAGGUUCAGCCAGAUCAGUAUGAAACUCCCCCGCAUUCCUCUUCGUCGUCAGAAAUUGCCCAAAGUUGUCGUGGCUCACCAUGACUUGGAGAACACAAUGAACUGCAGCUUCAUUGAACCCCCAUCUGUGGUAGAGCAGCCAUCGCCUUCAUGGUCUUCUCAGGGCUCUUUCUCUUCCUUUGACACCACCGAUGAAGGACCCGUAUACUGUGUACCACACGAAGAAAGCAUGAGCGACAGCAAAGACAGAGUCUCAGCCCCGUGCAAUCCAGUGGAGAAGAUGGCACCAACUAUCAGUGAGGAGGAAGCUGGGGAGUACACCGUCUUAAAAGAGAGCAGCUCCCUCCAAGCAGACAGCAGCGAGAUGCCCUUGCUCAAAUCCUCUGACAGCGAACGCUCAUCUUGUGGCUCUGGCUCAGCCAGUGGAGCUCUCUAUGCCAGAAUUGCCCGCCUGUCCAAGCAGUCCAGGGAUGAAGACGAAAAUGCCAUGGGAAACAAGAGUCCCAAGCCUCCAUCCCCAGAAAGAGCCAAGCCUCCUCCUCCGGACCCCUCGACAAAGCCCAAAGUCUCUUGGAUCCACAGCAAGUACAACUCAAACCAGUCCAACUCCUUGCCUGCCAUUGGAAUGCCUGAUCCAUCAGAACAGAAGCAGGGGCUGGCCAAGAGGAAGAGGAGCCCCAGCGAGACAUCAGCAGGAGUUCACAGCAAGCCAGAUGAAAAGGCCCCAGCAAGGAGCAAAGAGAAGGCCCCAAAGCAUCCAAAAGAGCUAUGCUCCCCAGAAGGCAAAGCCAUCCCGGCCUCAGGGGACCCGCAGUCACCAUCCAAGCACAAGCAACGGCACAAGACCAGCACAGAGCAAAUGGAGAAUAUCAACGGGGCCAUCCAGAAUGUGAUCAAAAAGAUAGGGAGCCAUCCCCUAGACCGGAAAGGAGGAGAUGCCCCCAAGAGCCCCAAUCACAGCAAACCUCGCUCUGAAGUCAUCCACCCUCACUUGUCUUCAGAAGCGGCAACGCUGCUGGCUGCGCAGUUGAAGGAAAAGACUCAAAGCCUUAACAGGGGUGACAGCGGUGCAAGGCAAAAUGGGGUCAGCCCCCUGCCAGCUCAAAGGGAGAAACCUACUCCUCCACAGAAGGCAAAGCGCUCCGUGGCCACCAGCAGCCAGAAGUCCAGUAAGCCUGUGCUGCCGACUUCACCCAACCUCCAGAAAUUAAUCAAUCCCAUUUCAGAGGCCCCAGCUGGGGAUCCCAAAAGGGCAGAGAAGCAUAGCUCUGGCAGCAACCAAGAGCCAGUGCCCACCAGUGAUCCCGUGGUCAAGAAAACUCCCAUUAAAAAGCCACCCAGAAAGAAGAGCAGAGAAGCCGUCUCAGACCAGCCCAAAACAACCAUGACACCACCUCAGACUGUCCAAUAAACAGAGGCCAUCUUCUGUGGCCUCCUACAGAGGCCCACAGAAGAGGAAGUGGUCAGUGGAAAAGGGGAGGCAGGGGCAGAAUCUGUCUUGGGGAAAGACGAGGCUCUGGAGAACGCUCCUGAAGUGUGUGUCUCCCACAGAGAGAUGUGGACCCCAAUGCUAUUGGAAGGCCUCUCCCCCAGCAGCAGGCCCAAAGCACUUCUGAUUUCAUUCUCCCUUCGUUGAGUGGGGAAGGGACUUUGUGGGCAAGCGCUGGCGCCUGGGAUGGGGAGGGAGUGGGGAGGGAAAAGGGAGGGCUUAGCAAGGCAGGCUGGGUCAUAUUUGUAAAAGUAUUAUAACUGCAUACACAUGCUUCUCUCCCUAAGAUUGCCUGAGUUGUUAUAAUCUGCAGUAUGGAUUAGCUGGCUUUCUGUAACUCUAGUCAGGUCUCGGAACUACCACGGCAAAAGGCCGAGGCAAAAGCUCCACAGGGUUUGAGGCAGGAGAUAUCUUUCCUGCGUUGCUGGCGACGUGUGCAGGCCUUGCACUGGGCCUCGGGUGCUGGCCAUGUAUGGCAGUCCAGACCUGGUUGGACUCAUGUGCCCCAUAGCCUCCCCUGGUGAUGAUUCGGGCACCGUCCUCCUGUGCAGCCGUGCUGCCUCGAGCUGGCUUCGACGGAUGCCCCUUUUGGCAGCAACAGGCAAGGCCGCCUUGAAGGCCACGUGUCUUGGCAGUUUGGUAUGCAAGUCUAGCAUCUCCAUCGAAAGCUUCCUCAAUUAAAAAAUGUAUUUUUGACUCUUA